AUGACGCCCGCGGACGCGAGCGCGAUCGCGGCGAGGAUCGUGGCCGCGUUCGCGCCGUUCGCGCGCGAGGAAGACGGCGGCGCUGACGUGGACGACGACGUGGACGACGACGACGACGUGGACGCGCCCGGAUUCGACGCUUGGGAGGCGUCCGUCGACGCGGUGGCUUCCCUCGCGGACGCCGCCGACGAGGGCGCCACGCCCGGGAUGGACGACGACGGCGUCGACGCCGCCGCGAAGGCGAGCGCGGAGAAGACGGACGCGGACGCGAAGGCGACGAUCGCGGCCGCGGCGUGCGAGCACGUGCUCGCGUACUGGCGCGCGGCGGCGGCGUUGGAGCCGCCGGAUGCGGACGACGCCGACGCCGCCGCCGACGCCGCCGCCGACGACGACGACGGCGCGACGACGCCUCCCGCGCACGCCGCGAUGGCGCCGCUCCUCCGUUUUUGCGUCGAGACCGCGACCUCGAACGCGGGCGGCGGCGCGUCGUCCGAGUGCGCUGAUAUCGUCUGGAAAACGGUCGAAUAUUGGGCGUUACAUCUACCCGCGUGGUACGAGAAAGGCGAAGAAGAAGGCCUCGUCGACGACGACCUGUUGGACGUCUUCGCGGACGUCGUCGUCGCCGCGCCGCGCGCUCGCGUCGCCGCGAUCGCAAACCCCGGCGCGACCGUCGCCGCGAGCACCAUCGAGGACAGCGACGACGCCGCGCGCGUGCUCGCGGGAUGCAGAGCCCUCGCGGCGGCGGCGCGCGCGGCGUCGGCGUCCAUCGCGUCGUCGACCAACGUCGCCGCCGCGGCGACGAACGCCGCGGAAGCGGCCGUCACGAAGCGCGCCGCGCGCGCCGCGCUGCACCUCCUCGUCGCCGUGGGCGUCCCCGCGAAGAUGGCGACCGCGGACCCGGUCGGGUACGCGCGCGCGUACCUGGAGACGGCGGCGACGGCGGCGUGGUCGCUGAAGGAUCCGGAGUGCGUCGACGGGCGAGACGCGUGCGCGGCGGCGCACGUGGAUGCGCUGACCGCCGCGCUGGACGCGAUGACGGACGCGAGGCGAGCGGACGCGCCGGAUAAGAAGAGGUUGGGGAUGGCGUUGGAGGAGGCCAUGGCGGGGGUCGCGCACCUCGUCGCCGCGGACGACGCGGACGGGGGGGAGGAGGACGGCGACGACGACGACGACGACGACGACGACGACGGCUCCGACUCCGACUCCGACUCCGACGACGCCGGCGGCGUCGCGAACGAGACCGAGGAGGAGUUCCUCGAGAGGUACGCCGCGAUCGCGCGCGACAUGGCGUCUGGCGGCGACGGCGGCGGCGACGGCGACGACGACGACGAGGGCGUGGACGAAGACGACGACGCGUUUGACGACGCGUUUGAAAAAUCGGCGAAUCCGCGCGCGACGCCCGCGGCGGACGCGUUCUGCGCGUGGUACGCGCGGUGGGUCGAGGGCGUGGGCGUCCGCGACGACAAGAUGCGCGUCGCGUCGUUGGUCGACGCCGCGGUUCUGAAGAAGUUCCAGAAGGCUGCCGCCGCGGUGGCGAGGAGGCAAGCGGACCGGGACGGCGAAGAUGGAGGUUCCGAGUGA